AUGGCUAUUUCGGACAGAGAAGAGUCCCAGAAGUUGCAGCAUCAGAGGUUGAUGGGUGAAGAACAAAUCUUCGAAGGGCAGUUAGAAGGAGAGAACAGUGGCAGGCUGUGGAGAGGGGCGGACGCGCGGGCGAAGGCGCGAAUAUGGGCUAAAGGAAGGGCGCAGGACACGAAGUUGGCUCGCGAAAGCCUUCAUCCACUCUCCGCCUGGCUGCUUUCCGAAGAGAGUCCGGUGCUGGCAGGCAGCGCCACUUUGGCCGCCCUGGGGGCACUGGUUCUGUGCCUCGCGGAGCCCGCCGGCUACGGGAAGUACACGGAGAGCCGGAUGCCCGUGGCUACCCGCUUGUCCGCCCGCGCCGCCUGGUUCCUGCAGGAGCUGCCCUCCUUCGCGGUGCCCGCGGGGAUCCUCGCCGGGCAGCCCCGCUCUCUCUUCGGCCAGCCUGCGACUGUGCUUCUGGGCCUCUUCUGCGCACAUUACUUCCACAGGACAUUUGUUUACUCACUGCUCACUAGAGGGAGGCCGUUUCCAGUUGUAUUCCUUUUCAGAGGCUUUGUCUUCUGCAUGGGAAAUGGACUCCUCCAAGGCUACUAUCUGGUUUACUGUGCUGAAUACCCUGCUGAGUGGUACACAGACAUACGGUUUAGCUUGGGUGUCUUCUUAUUUAUUUUGGGAAUGGGAAUCAACAUUCAUAGUGACUAUAUAUUGCGCCAGCUCAGGAAGCCUGGAGAAAUCAUCUAUAGGAUUCCACAAGGUGGCUUGUUCACAUACGUUUCUGGAGCCAAUUUCCUUGGCGAGAUCAUUGAAUGGAUCGGCUAUGCCCUGGCCACUUGGUCCCUCCCAGCACUUGCAUUUGCAUUUUUCUCACUUUGUUUCCUUGGGCUGAGAGCUUUUCACCACCAUAGAUUCUACCUCAAGAUGUUUGAGGACUACCCCAAGUCUCGGAAAGCCCUCAUUCCAGUCAUCUUUUAA